AUGUUAGGCAUUCGAUCCGUCGUCACUGCCGUGGACACCGAUGCCAACUUGCACGACCGGAACAUGCGUCGAGAACACAAGUACUCCAUUACCAACGGGUAUUACCAGGCCUCGUCCAUUCCCGUUGGUCCGAGCAUGUCGAACUGGAGAACCGUUCCACUGAUCACAUACAACCGGUCUACAAUGGGCUUAGCGGCGAUUUCUUUUCAGCCUCUGCAAAGCGCUACACAAGAGUGCAUCGCGUCAAAGCAAACAGGAUUGCUGACCAAGAAGGUCCGUCUCCGUGGCGAAAAUGAUUCUCGACGUCGAUGCCUCAACGAUGAUGGCAUCAUUCUGCAUUUUACUAGCGAAUGCCCAGAGCCCCAGUCAGUCAAUUUGGAAUCCAGAUAUCAAUGCUAUGCGCUCGAUUCUGACCAGUUGGAUUCCCGCCCUGAAGCACUGCGCCGACCUGGCACCACCACUGAGCAACCCUGUCUAACGGCCACGUCUCUCAACCCUACUUCUAUUCCCAAAUAUGAAUACACUUGA